GACCAGCAGCGCUGCAGACGGUCACACACCCUCUCUCUCUCUCUCUCUAACACUGUCAGGGAUGUCCGUGGAGCUCUGUGGAUGCAGCUGAUGAAGAGGACGGAAUAUUUUUAGUCUUUAAAGAAAACUUCUUCAAGGUGGCGGUGUGAUGCCUGAAGACUCUCUCAGCUCAUCCCAUGGUGUCCCCAUGGAUGAAGAGUCGCCCCGCCUCUCCACCGCCUCCGUCUGCAGCAAUGAGCGCGCUCCAUCAGCCACGCCCUCUGACUCGUCAGAGCCCCGCCCUCUCAGCCUGAUCUCCACGUUGUCCUCGGGAUCUGGUUCCUCCCGAGACGACAACCAGACUCUACUACCAACAGACCACAACCCUGACGGUGAUCCGGACUUGAACUCUGCGGGGGAGCCUGAGAGGAAGGGGCUGACCCUCGGCGUCAUAAACAACAACAAUAACAACAAAGGGACGUUCAUCAUGGCGCCACAGCUGACCUACCUGGACCGGGUCGUCAUGGAGAUCAUUGAGACGGAGAGAAUGUACGUCAGAGACCUGCGGAUGAUCGUAGAGGACUACCUGGCUCACAUCAUCGACCAGUGCGACCUGUCCAUCCGUCCUGAGCAGGUGUGCGCUCUCUUCGGGAACAUCGAGGACAUCUAUGAGUUCAACAGCGAGCUGCUCCAGGCUCUUGACCUGUGUGACAACGACCCGGUGGCGGUGGCUCGCUGCUUCGUCAUGAAGAGCGAGUAUUUUGAGAUCUACACACAGUACUGCACCAACUACCCAAAUUCGGUGGCGGCGCUGACCGAGUGCAUGAGGAAUAAAUCUCUGGCCAAGUUUUUCAGGGAGCGCCAGGCAUCACUGAAGUGUUCGCUGCCUCUGGGAUCAUACCUGCUCAAACCUGUUCAGAGGAUCCUCAAAUACCACCUGCUGCUCCAGGAGAUAGCGAAGCACUUUGACCCCCUGGAGGAGGGUUACGAGGUGGUGGAGGACGCCAUCUACACCAUGACAGGGGUAGCCUGGUACAUCAACGACAUGAAGAGGAAACACGAGCACGCCGUCAGGCUGCAGGAGGUUCAGUCUUUGCUGCUGAACUGGAAGGGUCCAGAUCUCACCACGUACGGAGAACUGGUCCUGGAGGGGACCUUCAAAGUCCACCGAGCCAAAAAUGAGAGGACACUCUUCCUGUUCGACCGCAUGCUGCUGAUCACCAAACGGCGAGGAGAACACUUCGUCUACAAAACGCACAUCUCUUGCUCCACUCUGAUGCUGAUUGAAAGCGCCAAAGACUCGCUGAGCUUCAGCGUGACUCAUUACAAACAUCCCAAACAGCCUCACACCGUACAGGCCAAGACGGUGGAGGAGAGGAAGCUGUGGGCUCACCACAUCAAACGCAUCAUUCUGGAGAACCACCACGCCAUCAUCCCUCAGAAGGCUAAAGACGCCAUCUUGGAAAUGAAUCCAACAUACCCUCCACGGUAUCGUUAUAGUCCAGAACGGCUGAAGAAAGCAUCUGAUGGGUUUCAGCGAGACCGCCGUCAAGGGCGGCGACAGUCGGAACCCAACAAAUCGCUGGCGAAGAGCAGCAAAGAUCCCACUGCCAACCUGAAGGACGUCGGUGGAGGCAGUGUGUCUGCUAACAGCUCCAGCAAAGAAAACAUCCAACUUCCUGAAGAAGACGAGGCAGGUGGAGCUGAAACAACAUGUGAGCAGAGCUCCUCAGACAUGACGCCAAAGAGGAAGACUUCAAAACAGACCGAAAUCCACAAACCAGAUCCUACCUGUGACUCCGACAGUUUGUCCUCUACACCCGUCAGCAUUUCAGCCUCUCCUCAAACGACUGAAACAACACCUGAAAGAGAUCCAGAACACGUAGAGAGACGGUCCUCAGCUACGCCAGAUUCAGACUCAAAAACACUGAGUAGUGCAGAAUCCUCUGAGGACGAGGAAGAUGAGAAGGAGGCCACACAGAAAGGGGAAGAAGCCACCAGCAUCCUCCCUUCCUCUGUCCUGGACAAAGCAAGCGCCAUUGCUCAGCACUUCACCAACAGCAUCAAACGGGGCAGCGUAGCUCAGGAUGACGCUCGCUCACUCGGCUGCGCUUCACCCCGUCUGCUCAGCAGGAACAGCAGCAGCCUCAGCCUCUGCCCUGAAUCCUCCGACAGAAUGUUACGGGUCAGCAGUGCCGGUUCUGAUCCUCCGGAAACCUUUGGCGUGACAGAUUUGACCCUGCUGUCUCCCCGAGACGACAGCCUGUUUGACUCAGACAGAAGCAUUCGGCGUAGGCGGGACUCAACCCUCUCUAAGCAGGACCAGAUGCUCAUUGGAAAAAUUAAGAGUUACUACGAGAACGCUGAGAACCAGGAUGCCACUUUCAGCCUCCAGCGCAGAGAAAGUCUCACGUACAUCCCAACUGGGCUGGUAAGGAGCUCCGUCAGCCGGUUCAACAGCAGCCAAAAGGAUGAAAUCCCUCAAACAAACCCCUCAGACUCAACCACAUCCCCCAGCACAGCAGAGUCAAACUCAGCUUUACCCCCAGAUACCAAGGCUCAUGUUGUCACAGACGAGUCUUUGGAUCCCCUGAAGUCUGAGCUGGUGAACAAAGAUCCAGAAGACUCAGGAGAAAGGAACGGGUCCAUAAUUAAAAGUGUUCAGGACAGUCCUUUUGGGGAUGAGGAGUUCAGACCUUCAUCUGAGAUGAUUAAGAUCUGGCAGACAAUGGAGCAAGAAAUGAGCAAAUCACAAAGUGAGAACCGAGGGCAUGAGCGAUUGCGAGAAGUCCCUAGAACCUCCAAAGUCACUUUUGAGAACCCUUCUGAGACAUCAAAAACCAGAAAACUGAAGGAAUCCAUGUGUCCUUCAGCCUUCAAGCACACAGUCUCUGGUGUGACUCAAUCAGGAAAUCGAAAGAUUUUCAUUGAUGAGGCUGCCGUUCACAGAGCUCCGGUUCCUCGGGUUGCACAGCUAAGGGCUGAGGUCGAGAGGGAAAGACCCAGCAAGGAUUCCAACCAGCUGGAUGAAGUAGACAAAACAAAGAGCAAAGUCCUCCAUCUAGCUCGGCAGUACAGCCAACGAAUAAAAACAACCAACCCAGUGGUCCGACAGAGAAGUCAGGGCUUUCUCAUCGGGAAGAAGAGUUUACCCUGCGUGAUAGAGGAGAAGGAGACUUCCUGUUUAACUUCAGGUAAACCCAACCUGACUCUGCCCCUAGCUCCUCUUGACCAAGCAUCCUCUCUGCCUCUGAGCCCCUUAGACCAGACCCAGCCUUCUCUCCCUGGUCUCACUGGCGGUUUGAUGGGCAGCUCCAAGGUGGUCUCCCCAAGUCGGGGUCAGUCCUGCAGCCCUCUCAGUCCUCCCCCCAUCGAGAGCUUCAACUGGCCCGAUGUCCGAGAACUCCGCUCUAUGUACUCCAAUCCUGCUCGGUCUCAAAGGUGUCCUGUGGGGCGAAGUCGCUCUAUCCCUGAGCAAAUGUCAGACGGUGGUCUAAGGAGACAUUCAAGCCACUCGUCCAGCCUCCCCCGCCUGGGUGAGGCUCAUUCAUCUAAACCUCAUGGCCACAGGGGUGUUGGCAGAGAGGAGCGCGCCAAAAGACUCCUCAGAGCCAAUUCUCUGGACCCUCGGCUGAGUGCAGAACAAAUGUCAGAGCUGGAGAAACUUAAAGGCCAAGCCGCAGAGGAAAACCAAGACGGUUACUACGUAGCAGCAGAAGCGAUUCUUCCAAACGACCCAGAACACAAGAUCAUCAUUAUGGAGAAACUGCCUGAGCCUGAGUCAGAACAUGCAGAGACAGCCAAAGAAUCCAACAACGGAGACGAAGAGGAAGACGACAGCUACAUUCAAAUCCGUUCACCCACCAGCAGGGAGAAGAUCUCCAUCAUGGCCGUCAUCGACCGCUGCCGGGCCUACCAGGAGUCUGAUGAAUAUAAACAAAGGGAGGACGUAAGAGCCAAAACCGAGCCCACAAGGCCUCAAGAACCAGUCGUCAACGCCACAUCCUCCAACGACGAGGAUGAUGAGUCCCAGACGGCAAGCUCUGGGACGAAGACCGAGGCUGGACAGCAGAGCAUUGUGAGGAACUUGAGGGAAAAGUUCCAGAACAUGGGCUGAGAAUGAGAAAAAAGAGCCAAAGAAGAGUAAAAUUGAACUCUGAGACGUCAGAACUCAAAGUAGACCUGAAGAUUGGUUAAAACCAUUAAACUCUCUAAGAAGUCAUCAGUGAGCCUGUCAGCUUUCAGAGAAACGGAUUAUCCCUCAGAGACUUUGUUCACUGAGAGGGAACAUGGCUUUUAUUUGUAUUUAUUUCAGAUUUUAUUUUCAGUUAUAGAAAAGUCAUCAUUGAGGGAUGAACACAAAACAUUUUUAAAUGAUAAUUUAAGAGAAGAUUUUAAGACAAAGAGCUUUAAGAUGACAGAUUAUCUUUGUGGGAUUCUAACAGCUUUUUAUGAACUGAUCUAAAACCACUUUGUAAAGACCUUUUCCCAGAGUCCUCUCUGACUUUUGUAGAUAAAUAUGUAAAAAAUCAAAUUGUCUGUAUAACACUCUAAUUAUACGUUAAAGCACUUUUUUGUACAGGAUGUGAUAAAGUGUUGCACAGUUUAAAUAAUGGAUACUUUUGCUUCUCACGUCUUCAAAGCCGUCACUACACUCACAGAGAUCAGACGCCACGCCAUCUUUUUGUCUGCUAUGGUGACUGCUGUGGUCAGAGAGCCAUGAAACUACACUGUACUGCAGGAAAAGGAAAAGAAGCGGGACUAGACAAUACCAAUGCAAUUCUAAAAAAAAUAUUAAGACUGACAUUAACUGACUUAUGGCACCCACUACUGAGGGAUCUAAACUGAACCACUUAGCCAGCUAAUUGCCCUCAUCCCGAGCACUUACACUGGGAAGAUACUAGCUAACAAGAUUAAGACGUGACCAUUCCUCAAGCCUCAUAGAGUUUCACUGAAUAAAAAUGCUCGGUUCUCUUCUUGUUUUAUUCUUAUUUAAAGACUUUUACUGACUCAGCAUGUCCAGAUGUUGCCUGAGGACUAAACCAGGUAAGGACCUGUCCACGCUGAGAUGAAUUCAGGAGUAUACGCCCAAGUUUUUUGUCAUGUCGGCGUUCCAUACACUCGGAAACUGCGUUUUGGGUGACUGUAAACGAUACUUUUUGAAAACGGGUCCCAGAGUGCACAAAUCCGUAAACGACUACCGUUUUGUCUCUGUGUGGACGGCCAACCGCAUUUUUCUUGAAACAAUUACGUCCCACAUAGCGUAGCUUUCUUAAGACGCUUGCGCGGGUCCAGCUAAAACAACAAUGACGGAUUAAAGGGUUGUGUUCAUGCUGCAGAAGCUACUGAGCUUGUUAUAACUUUUACAGAAAAAUCUGAUGCUCUUUUACCACCACCAGGAAACACAAACACCAGAUGUUCUUAAAUCCAAUGCGGAGAACAAACAGAAGAGCAACUAGAGGAAAGUUUGUGUCAUUUUUCUGUGAUAUUCUUCUUCUCUUUUGGUGCAUUUCCAUGGCAGCAGUGCAGCGUCACGUACAGGCUUGGCAUAUGUACUACUGCGUUUUUAGUCAUUUUCAGUGGUUCUGUGCUUUCCUGAAAUGAUCCUGUCUUGACAGAAAACUUUUUAAAAACGGAACGGCAAUAUAUCGUUUUCAUCUGCGUGUGGACGGGGCCUCAAUCUGUCUCUGGAUGGUUGAAGAACAGGCUUCAAACAUUAAUACCAAAAAAAUAAAUAAAAUUGGUAGCUUCUCCUCAGCAGAUCUGACUUUUGAAUGACUGUUUUUGUAUAUUUCCUUAAUUAUACAGUUACAGUCCACCUUAACCACAGCUUAUGAUCAUAGCUCAUUGAUUAUGUGUAUCAAAAGAUAGUUUAUUAAAAUCUUUAUAUUGUGCCUUUUAGUUGGUGUAUUUAUGUAAAGUGUAUUUAAACAUUUUAUUUCUUUAGUUCUUUUAUUUAUUCUAAGUCAUGGUUUUUCUCUGAAAAACGGCCGUCUUUUUGAAUAAGGACGGUCUAGAGUGUCAUGCUGAGGCCGAUGUGGGACUUGAACCUGUGACUUUCCUGUAACCACUGGACCAGCGUGCUCAUCACGUUCCUCUCUCAGUCUCUCACUGGUAGCUUCCUGCACCUUCCCGUUCUAUGUCCUCCUGAUGUGAGUAGAAACAGCCUUCCUGUGUGGGUCUGUGUUUCUACAGAGGUGUUUCUAUGAGUGGACGGCUGCUCUGUUUCUAUUAAA